AUGGAUAUCCUGGAACUCCAUGUCUGGGGCCCGGCCUUCGGCCUCCCCUCCAUCGACGCCGAGUGCCUCGCCGCCAUCGCAUACCUCCACACAGCCCUCCCAAGUUCCCAAUGGCGCCUGGUCCCAAGCAAUGACCCUGCCGUUGACUCAUCGAACCGCCUCCCCGCCCUCAACGCCAACGGCGUCUGGGUAACGGGCUACACCGCCAUCGCCUCUCACCUCGCCUCCCUCUCGCCGCACUCCCCCUCCUGGGACCUGGACCUGGACUCGCGCCUCACCCCGUCCCAGCGCGCCGACACCCUCGCCUACGGCGCCUACGUCGACGCCCACCUCGCGCCCCUCCUGGACGCCGCCCUGUACGGCACCCACGAGAACUGGGCUGCCGUCACUCGCCCCGCCCUGAGCCACCUCCUCGGCUUCCCCCUGAGCUGGACCGUCCCCGGUAUGCUCCGCAACCAGGCCGUCGCCCGGUGCGCCCAUCUCGGCCUCGGCUCGUUGGGCGCCGAGGACGACGAGUCGGGCGCCGACCCCCUGGGUAGCGCGCUGGACCGCGCGGUGAAGCACCUCCCCGUCUCCACCAGGAAGAGCGUCCUCGAGGAGAUGAAGACCGGCACCGCGCGGGGCAUCAAGCUGCACGCCAUCACCGCCGACGCCUUGACGCCGCUGGAGGAGCUCCGCGCCCGGGGCGAGGAAACACCGGGGGAGAAGAAGCGCUUCUUCGGCGGCGACGUGGCGACGUCUCUCGACUGCCUCGUCGUCGGGUACCUCGUCCUCAUUCAAGAGGUCGAGCUCCCCCAGCCCUGGCUCCGCACCAUCUUCGAGAAGAGGUUCCCCCACCUGACCGCCAUGGCCACCCACCUCCGCGACGAGUGCCUCACGGGCCCCGGCGCCCUCCCCUGGGUCGCGGCCCCCUCGUCGGCCCUCCGCACUGCGGCCCGCUUCCUCGACAACGUCGUGCAGGCGACGCCGAACCUCGGCGAGGCCUACAUCCACGAGUGGCGGCGCCGCGCAGAGGCCAAAACCAAGGGCGUGGCGGGCCAGAGGACGCUCGCUCUCGCGGGCGGGGUGUUGGCGGCCGGUACUGCCAUUGCGUAUGGGGUGUGGGCGUACCGCAGCCUCCCGCCUUGGGGCUUGCGGACGCAUACUUGGACGGCCGAGAAGAGGGGCCUGAACAGGUUUGGUGACCUGGGCGCCAUGCUGGACUUCUCGCUGGGGCUUGCGGACCCAGUGCCGCAGGCGAGUCCGGCUGCAGCCGGAUGGGGCGGGGGCUUCGGCUCGGAGCACAGAGUGGUUGAGUCGGAGCUGGCCGUCGACUAG